AUGUCGGAUAAUAUUGGAAGAAAAAAAUCUUAUAGAUGGGUCAGUGCAUCAACAGCUUCAUAUGAUGGUGCAGAUUGGGAUUCGAGUGAUGAAGAAUCAAAUUCUAUUAGCAGAAAUAAUACAAUCAAUAAGUUACCAGAAUUACCAAAAUUAGGUUAUGCAAGCACCCCUGCAAAUCAAAUAGAAACAAUUAUUGAAAAUGACAUUGAAGAAACUAAAACGCAAUCUGAAAUAGCACACGAUAAUAUUGACAAUACUUUUACAAAUGAAUCUUACAAUAACAGCAAUUGCAAUUCUACUUCAAAUUGCGAGCAAGAUCAAGAUAUACCCAUCAAACCUGAACCUUUAAAGAGACGUCCUCAGCCUUUAAAAUCUUCAGCAACUCAUAAUACUUCUAUACCUGAAAGAAAACACUCUAAUCUACAAGAAACUCAGCAUGUUAAAGAGGAUUUAGAUUCCUUAAUGAAUCAAAUCUCAGAUGAAAUGAAUAAUGAAAUCCCCUCUGGUGUAGAAGUAAAUCCUAAUAAUUAUAAUGAUAUUCCACAGGAAAGCGAUGAAUUUAGCGUUUCGAAAGAAGGUUAUUUCUCAAAGUUUGUAGAUUCGGAUGGAGAAGAUGAUAAAUAUGAUUUGGAUAAUGACAAUACUACUAAAGACGAUGAUAAUGAUAAUACUCAAAUUGGGAAGUAUAAAGAAAAGGAUUUUAGAAGUAGAUUAGUUCCAGAUGAUGAUUUGGAAUCUACAAAAUCUAUGAGUUAUGUCAUCGGAGAUGAAGCACAGUUUGUUGCACAGCCAGAACAAGAACAAGAAAAAGAAAAAGAACAGGGGCAAGAAAUUCAACCUCAAGCACAGAUUCAGCCUCAAGAAAUACAAGAUAAUUUAAAAGAAAUUAAUGAAAAUGUUUAUUCUUCUAGUCAUAAUAACUCCUAUGAAGAUGCCAAAAUUGGCAAGCACCCAACUAAUAAUAGAAACGAUGAUGUUGAGAAUUAUUCGCCUGUAAAUAGGUCAAUGGUACCAAGUAAUACUUUUAUAGAUGAAAAAGAGAAGGGCAUUGAUUCAGCUACCGAUAAGAAUGUUAUUUCACCCAAAAAAGAGGAAGAAGAAACUGAUUCUGAAUUUGCACAUGAAUCUUUUUUGGAUACAUAUGGAAAUUCAUCUGAUUCUGAUGACGCUGAUGCAAAUCAAAGUGAUAAUUAUAUAGAUGAACAGCAACUAAACAGCACUACUCAACAGGGAUAUCAAGAACCUGUCAAUGAACCUGUCCAACAGGGACUCCAAAAUCUGGAUUCCCCCAGUAAAAAUAAUAUUCUAAGACACACUUCUAAAACAAAUUUACAAUAUAAAUCAGGAUAUUCAUCAGAGGAAAAUACAGAGAAUAAUGAUCAACUAACUACCAAUAAUGAGGACGAGUACUUUAAUGAUGAUACUUUAUCCUAUACUGAAUCUAUUAAGUAUUCGCCAUCACAACAACAACAACAACGACUAUCUCCACGGAAUAUUAGAAGAGAUAGUAGCGAUGAAGAUGUAUUUAAAUUUAAAGAUAUUAAAAGGGAAUCAAUAUUAGAAACUAGCGAUGAAGAUAAAAAAGAAAAUUCUGAAAAUGAACUUGAUUCAGAUAAUAAUCUAAUACGACCAUCUAAGUCUGGGUAUUUCAAAAAAAUGGUAGACAGUGAUGACUCAGAUUCUCCAGCUAAUCAAAUAUAUGACUCUAGUGAAGAAGAAGAUUUCAUUGAAAGAGACACUAUGAAUGAUAUAGAUAAAGAAGAAACUGAUAAAGAAGGUAAUAAAGCACGUGAAACUAGCGUAUCUAAUGUUAGAAAUAAUAGCAAUAAAACUAUGGAAGAUAGUACCUCCAAAGUAAGUGAACCUACAAAUUCCGUGAUUAAUUUUGAUAGUAGUGAUGAAGAUAUUGAUACAGAUAUAGAAAGAAUGAAUAGUUCUGAGGAAUCUGAUGUGGACGUUCAUUUCACUAGUAAAGAGAAAGAAAAUGAUGGAAAAGAAAUCAAAAGCCCAAACAUUGGUUUAGAAGAUACCAAGGAUGAUAGUCUUAUUGAUGAUGAACAUAUGGAACAUGAUACUUCAUCUAGGAAGAGUUCGAAAGAGGUGGAUGGAGAGCCUUGGAAGCCUGAUACUGAUGAAUUCAGAUCACAAUUCGUACAAGACACAUCUAAUAAUCCUCCACCAGGAUAUGUGUAUGAUGGCGAAGGUAAUUUAAUCGAUUUAACACCAGCAAGUAUGAAAAAUACACGUGUUGUUUCUACUUACACGGAUGUGACUAGUCAAUGGAAUGCCUUCCCAUCAAAUGGUGGUGAAGAAGUUGCAACUAUUAGGGAUACAGCAACUAUUUAUGAUAAUAACACCAUCUAUAAUGUGCCUGGGUUAAUUUCAAAUCAAUCUAACUUACCACCACUUCCUGCAGAUGCAUCUAUUGUUGCAGCUACUGCUCAAGCAGAGGUAGACUCGGCAGGAACCAAAACUGCUCCUCCAUCAAUUACACCUUUGGAUACUACAUUCACGCAACCUAAGGCGCCAACUGCUAUCUCCACUCCUACUGUUGAUACUCCAUUAACUUCAUCUACUACAAUUAAGAGUGGAUCUCCUUCAAAGUCUGGUAGAGCAGGAAGUGUUAUAGACACGCCACACUCCAAGAGUAAUGCCACAUUAUCAUCUGUUCCAAUGGCCAAAUCAGAAUUAUCUACCAAUUCAUUAGAUCCUGUAUUAUCAGGUGAAAAACCAUCAGAGACUCAAUUCAAAGAAGUAUUCCAUUCUCCAGAAUCUAGUAGUAAUGAUUUAAUCAAAUUAGCCCAGUCCAACGUAGUACCGUACCUUGACAUGAAUAAAGUUUUAUCAAGUACAAUAUCGCAUCCUUCCAAACUAAAACAAUUAAACCAAUAUCAAGAACAAUUACAAAGUUAUGAUUCUGGUAUCCAAAUAUGGAUCAAGCAAACUAUGAAAACUAAUGCAAAUGCAGAGGAUGAGUUUGUAUUUAAAGAUUAUAAAGUUAGUCAUCACGUAAGAGAUGCAUAUGCACAUGCAGAUGAACUAAGUAAAAGGCAUACAGUUAGUGUAAGUAAUACUGUGGAUAGUGUGACGCAUAAUGUAAACCAUUUAAAGAAAAAAGUAUUUAUGCAUUCAAUGAACAUCAAUUCCAAAAAGUUGUUCACUUCUAUCGGCAAAAAAAAUUGUAAUGGCACCCUCAUCUCCACUUGCUCUCUGGUUGUAAAUUCAUUUAUAUACUCGGAGAUUCCACUAAUUAACUAUAUAUAUAUAUGGGUACGUAGUUUCCUUUAUGGAUAUUUUUAA